AACAUGGAAGAAACCCCCAAAACAGUUAAAAUUAAGGUGAAAAGAGUUAGAAGAAGCUUCCUCUAUGUCGGACCUGCUCUAUGACUCUCUUAUUUCCUCUUUAAGGCAAUUCAGGGAAAACAUAUCAAAUGGUUCUCACAAGAUCAUACAGUUAAGAUCAACUCAGAUAAUUUGAGAAAAUAUCAUGAAGAGCAUGAUAAAAACUUUACUUUAUUUGAUCAAAAAGGUGGAUAAUUGAAAAUAUAGUUAAAGCAGGCUUCUUCUCUAAUUUUCUUUGAUCAGUCAUUUCAAUUGCAAUCCUUCAGUCUUAAUGAUGAACAAAAGAAUAACUAGAAUGUCUAUAUAGAGGCUAAUGUUGCUCUCUUCAGUGCAUUGCUG